AUGGGUAUCAUUGGAAAAUAGCAAAUUGAUGCUGAGGGAUACAGAGGUUCUGAGACAGUCGCAUAGUUCUAAAGUCAAAUAUCAUGGAUAAAAGAUAAUAAAGAAAAAAGAAAAACAGCGAGAAAUCUAUCAUAAUUUUCUUCAGUGAUGCAGUCUCUAUGUCUUCUUAAAAUUUGUGAUGUAUUGUUUGUAAUAAACAAAUAUGACGAUGAUUGGUUAGAGUUUGAAGAUUUUUUGGAUGCUUCAGAAAGCUUUAAUCAAAUGAAUACUAGCUCCCCUCCUACAAUAAUUUAUCUAAUCAAAGGAGCAGAUAAUCUGCAUAACUAGAAUCUAGCAAUUAGAAAUCUAAGAUAUUAUGUAAAUAGAGGUUAAAACACUAAUAAAUUGAGGUAGAGUUUGAUCAUACAUUUCUUGCCAAUUUACAAUUGA